GUUAUAUGGGCAAGUGAUUUGCCAAAAGACAAUCCCUUGACUACCUGUGGCGAUUUCGGUUUAGAAGAUAUCGGACCGCGAACGUUUCAGAGUUUUGGAUGGAGCUUAUCCGGUGGUACCGAUUUGGACGGGAAUCGAGCUCCCGAUCUGGUCGUCGGGGAUUUCGAGUCGGAUCAAGUAACUGUGAUUCGUGCUCGAAACACGCUGUGGUUUGACGAACCCCAAUGGGAUUUACCUUUGGCCCGAACACUCCCUUGGUCCGGUCCCGGCCAAACACCGUGCGGUCCACCUUGCCAGUUCGAGGUUCGUCUCACCGUGGCCGUACAUGGCAGACCAGCCGUGUUGCGUAAUUCGGCCGGAUUCAAACUACGCGUACGAACAGAUUUGGACGCGGGUAUGGAAGAACUGGCGGCGAAACGUCUAUCCGGGCUGGAUCUGACUGAACUGUCGAAAAAAUCAACCAAUUCCAUCACCUUCGGUUAUGUGGAUACAGUUGUUACCGUUCGUCCGAGCAAAUUGAUGGAAUCCUCAAAUCGUUUGACACUUCUCAGUCUACGAUUAGAACCGGUCCUGGAUCGUGUGGUGGCUUUGUUGUGGAAACCGAUUCGUAUCAAUGCAACAAUCACCCCAAUCCCCGACCCGAUGCCCCAUGUGAGCGAAUCUGUCAAGGAGCCGGUUCCAUCAUGGAACUUGCAUCCGUUUUUGGGUGAACGAAAUUUUGCCAGUCGAUCUCUACGCUUCGCAAAUCCGGCUUGCGGUACGGAUAAUGUUUGUAUGGCUGAAUUGCAAGUGCGCUUGUCCGAUCAGUCGCGUGGCCCGACAGAGAAUCAGAUUGUCUACUUUCGUGAACGGAUCAGUCAGCGCAACCUGACCGUGCAUGUGGGCAAUCUGGGCGAGAACGCUUAUGCGGCCUGGCUCAGGUUAACUAUCCCGCAUCAGUUUAGCUAUACUGUGCCGGAAAAUUUGGACUGUGAAGCGAAUAUUCGUAUGGAUCAACGGGCUACGGAACUGCUUUGUUCCCUGGGCGAUCCGCUCCAAUACACCGGAUCAAAAUUGCUCCAAUUUGUCUUCUAUCUGAACACGGCCGGCGCGUUCAAACCGCUCGAUUUACCCAUGAGCGAUGCACCUCACCUGGCCGGUUCGAACACGCUGAAUGGUACGACGAGUGAGACCGCAUCACCUCGUACUCCCAGACGAAACAAUAACUCGCGGCUAGAUAGAAGAGAUGUGGCCGAGGAGAGCGAGUCACUCUCGGGUUCUCUGGUGAAUGAUUCUGUCACCAUUCACGCAGAGGUGUUCAGCGGCAAUGACGAUCUGGACCCGUGGAACAACAAGGCCACCAUCACGUACAAACUUCAACUUGCAGCUAAAAUCGAUCUCUCCUCGUCCGCUCUAGACCGCACAACCAUAGAUUCGCGAAAUUUCACCGCACAGCUCUACGAAAUGCAACGAGUUCAUCCGGAAACUCUAGGUCCGGAAAUCAAACACAUUUAUCUGGUAUCGAACAAUGGUCCAUCACCCAUCGAGAAUUUGUGGGUGAAUAUCACAAUGCCUGUGAAAACGGAGAACGAUGAACACUUGGUCUAUUUUCUCGAUCGCAUCCGUUAUCACGCUGAGGAUGGUGGACCACCGAGGAUAGUUANAUAUGGCUCCCGAACAAUCAAUGAACCGGAACAGGUGAUCAGUGCGGAAGGGCAUGUUCGCGGAAUGUGUCUCACACCGGACUGGGCACUGAAUCCGCUCCGACUGAAUGCAGUCAAUCGUAGCCCACCGGGGAACAUGCAUCGAAGACAACAGCGUUGGGCACAACUACCACAAGAUGCAAUGCCCCGGGAUAGUCCGGACGGAUUGGAACCGCAGACCUAUGUAGAUCCGAACAAACCAAGUCCAACCAGAGCCACUCGAUCCAUUCUGCCCGGGAUACGAAAGCGACAACAGGAGAUCAUCAAAUGUGGUCAGGAAUCUCCCAAUCUGGGCGUACCGAUUUGUGCCACGAUAUACUGUCGAAUUGACUCGCUUUCGAGGGGUGAUGCAGUGCGCAUCGUUUUGCGCGGUCAUGUAUGGGCUGACACCUUCUUUCGCUACAAAAUACCCGAUCUGGCUAUUGUCAGCGAAGCCCAGUCGGAGUUGGCUGAGCAUGCAUUCGGGAUACCCGUACAUGGCAAUCGCUCGAUUCAACCGUUGGCUAUAUCGCAAAACUUUGUAUUUCACGGGAUCAAGGUACCUGCAUUCCGAGAAAUUCCCCUCUGGCCGAUUAUUUUAGGAUGCAUUCUGGGCGCUGCCCUGCUGGCCGGAAUUAUUUUCGGUUUAUGGCGAUGUGGAUUUUUCCGACGAAAACCCAUCUACGAUACACAACCAGUACCUUCAGGUCCAAUCGUCUCCCCAACUGUCCUUUGA